CUAAUUUCCCCGCUCCCACAGUGCCUUGCGCGGCGCCCGGCGUGAAAGCGGCGCGGUAGAUCCUCGGAGGCGGUUGCCAUGGCAGCGGCGGCCUUUUGCGGCCUAGUCUGCCGAAGAGCCUGGGCCUUUCGUGGCGCGGGGAUCCGGAGGAGGCCGGAGAGGCUCGUGGCUCGCUUGGGUUUAGAGAGCAGCGCCGGCUUCCUGGACCCCUCCACCCACAAAUUAGGCCUUCUCCACAUUGACAUCUAUAGCAGCGACUCUGCCUUGGACCACAUCCUGGCCCUCCCGAAGGGCGAGAACAAGGUCCUGGUGGGGCAGCACCCUCCCUCCGUCAAUGCCUUCGAAGAUGAUCGGGAUAGUGUGCUAGACCAUGAGCCGGAUCAGCCAGAGGCCCCCAAAAUCCUCAAAGUCGCCAUCAUUGGAGAUCCAAACGCCGGGAAGUCGACUCUUUCGAACCAGCUUUUGGGAAGGAAGAUUUUGCCUGUCUCCAAGAAAGUGCAUACAACACGACGGAGCGCCCAAGGUGUCAUUACAAAAGAGGAUACACAGCUGGUGAUCUUGGACACGCCUGGCCUCACCACUCUAGUCAAAGCCAGAAGGCAUCACUUGGAGAAAUCCCUAGUGUUUGACCCCUUGAAGAGCCUGAAGGUAGCAGACUUAGUGCUGGUUCUGGUCGAUGUGUCUGACCAUUACACCCGGAACCGUCUCUCGCCUCAAGUGCUCCGAGCCUUGUCCAAAGUCCCAAAGAUCCCCAGCGUCCUGGUCCUGAACAAGGUUGAUUUGCUGAAGAAGAAAGACAUCCUCUUGGAUCUGGUGGCAGACCUCACCGUCGGAGUUGUUGACGGAAAGCCAUUGCAGAUCUGGUCCAAAGUCCCAACCAGAAGCACCCCGACUGAAGGGGACGUGGCCUCCGAGAGUGGAAAUGGGGAUGAUGGGUCCCAAAGGGACACCGAGACUGGCAUUGCCAAGGAAGACGGCAGCUUGGAUCCUCCCAAAAAGAAGAAGAAGGCUCCGAAGGGUUGGCCCCACUUCAAGGAAAUCUUCAUGCUGGCUGCUGUUGACGGAGAGGAUGUGGAGACCCUGAAGAGCUACCUCCUGACGCAGGCCAAGCCAGGCCCCUGGAAGUUUCAUAGUGAAGUCCUGACCGACCAGUCGCCCAGAGAAAUCUGCAGGAACAUCAUCCGGGAGAAGUUGCUUGAGUAUUUGCCAGAGGAAGUGCCCUACAACGUGCACCAGAGGACAGAGGUGUGGGAAGAGGGGCCUGGCGGGGAGCUGGUCAUUCUGCAGAAUCUGGAGGUCCAGAAAGAAAGGCACGUGAAGAUGCUGAUUGGCCCCCGGGGUCACCUGAUCAGCCAGAUUGCCCAGGAAGCCGGCCAAGACCUGAUGAACGCUUUCCUGUGCGAUGUCCGCCUGAAGCUCUGCGUCCACCUGAAGGAGUAAAACACCCAUUGGUUUGGAAAUUACAGAAUGGGUCCAGGUUUAUGAAUGGGGAAGGCGCACGAAACCCGGAAGUGUCUGUGCGCAAAAGUGCCGUGCCUCUAUGACAGCCUCAAGCCCAUUGGCUGCGCUUUGGGAGAAAUUGGGGAGUGUUGCGCCUGCGCAUAAGAGUUCGCCUUGACCGCUGUGUUCUCGGACUCUGCUCAAGGCCAUAGAGACACAUGGUCGCACGUUUGUCCUCCACAUCUGGCUCUCAUUUGAAGGCGUGCUAGAAAACAAAACAAAAAAAUUAUCUACACAUCUCUAUUUGUGAAUACAUAUGUACUAGUAUAGACAUAUAUUAGCUGGCUAAUACAGAUGUUGGUCAAUAAAAAUACUUUUAUAAUAUA